ACGAUGACAUUCAAUCGGUACUGGAUUCCGUACAACGCUUUGCUUUUUUCGCCAAUUGCCUCGUCAGGCUUACGGACCUAGAGAGACUAUGAUUAUACCCCGGAGCAAAUUUAGUUAGGUAGAGCAAUGGAAGUUCUGGUGUUACUUGCGAGCGGAAGUUUAUUUUAUUUUUCUUUUUUUCUUUUUCUUUUCUCUCCUUUCGAAGCGAUCAACUGCCAAACCAGCGGUUAUGCCGUUAAUUCCGGAAACUUAGUAAUAAUAAUAUGCUGUUUAUCUCAUGGAAUGCAUUUUUACUUGGCUGCUCACUACUGGUUUGCUGUUAUGUAGUGCCGAUAUGCAAGUCGGUAUACUAUUUGGGUGACAUCCGGUAGCUCUCCAGUAUGAU